AUGUCGUCUGACGAGGACGACGUGAUUUUUCUUUGGUGGUGGGCACGUCAAAAAAAAAUUUCAAAAAAACGUCGUUAUUGGGUACAUCCGAUAAAUUUAUCUAAUAUAAGUUCUAGUACUAGUGUUGUUGCAAAUGAAUUACAUAGCGAUCCAGAUAAAUUUAAAACAUUUUACCGCAUGAGUAAAAGUAAUUUUGAUAAUUUAGUACAUAUAGUUGGGCCAAAAAUCUUCAAAAAAGAUACAAACUUCAGGAUUGCAGUACCAGUAGAAGAAAGAAUUUUACUUACAUUACGGUAA